GGGUACACUGAUGGUAUAACAGACAAUAUUGAUGUUUACGUGAACAGGUUGUAGUGUACAUAUUUUGGCAUUAUUUGAUUAAAGGAUCAAUACCUAUAAGACACAGAUAUUUUAGUCUAUGAAGUUUGUAUACGGUCUUCAGUCAUUGAUCUGGAUGAACAUCUUGCAUUUAAUAACUGCAGCUAAACGAGAACCCUCCCCUGUUUUACAGAAAUUACAGGAAUCAUGUAAAACAUCAGGGACCUGUGAAGUACACAUCCCUAAGGAGGAACUCAAAUCCAGGUUAACUCCCAUGCAGUAUCAUGUGACACAAGAAAAAGGAACUGAAGGGAAAAAUGCUGGUCAGUUUGUGCACAACAAAGCAGAAGGACUGUAUACCUGUGUGGUUUGUGGGAACCAGUUAUUUUCGUCGGAAACAAAGUUUAAUUCUGGAUCAGGAUGGCCUUCAUUUUAUAAUGCUAUAGACAAUGAUAGAAUAAAGCUGGUAAAAGACACUUCACAUGGUAUGCAAAGAUUAGAGGCUAAAUGUGUAGACUGUGGUGCUCAUUUAGGUCAUGUAUUUGAUGACGGUCCAAAGCCAUCACAAGUUAGAUACUGUGUUAAUUCUGCUUCCAUGUGCUUUAAAAAACAUACAACUGUGUGACAACGAAGCCUUACAGAUGGUCUUAAAAUGGCAUCCAUAUCUUGACGUGUGAAGAAACUACAGUACAUUAAAGAAAGAGUUAACACAUAUAACCGCUAUUCUAAACUUGCAUUGCUGCUUAAUCAUAAGAAUUUUGUUGCUUUUCAUUUUUGCAAUAAACUUUAUAUAAUCUUAUCUUUAGUAUUGACGAUUGAAUUUGAAAACUUGUCCUUAGAGCAUGAAUUCAGUUAUUUGACACAUUUAUAUAUUUUUAUUGUAAAUUGCCACUAGACUCAAUACUAAUAUAUAUAUCUUACACACAAAGAGUCAUAACUCUUACUACAAAUUCUACCUCUCUUCCUAUUUUUCCAAGCUGUUUUGUUAAGUUUAUUUCAACUGUAGUAUGCAUUGAAUCUGGUAUUUAAUUAUAUUCUAAUUUUUGUAGCAAUAUUAAAGUGCAAUUGUCUGAUUAUGAUUUUUGAGUGCACAUGCUAAGAUUUAAUGUGCACUGCAUGUUUUGGUACUUGGAAGUAAUUUUCUCCCCCUUUUUUCAUAAGAUUUACUUGUUUUUACACAACUUGAAUUUGACUAAAGAAGGGAUUGCACUUUGAAUUCCUCACUUUGGAACCAAAGCUGUUACCUAUCUAUCUAUUUAAGUUUAUAUGAUAUGAAAACAAAAUUAAAAGUGCCUUUUAUUUGUACUCAAACAAUUUAUGGAACAGUCCUUUACAAAUGUGGUAUGACUUUUUGGAACAGAUUAAUGUUGUGUAUAAAAUUCAUGAAGUUGUGUAUAAACUUAUUUUCUACAUUUGUAGUAUGACAGUCAAAAAUAAGUGGAGAAACAUAAUAAUCAUUAUUAUUUUCUUACAAGUUUAACUAUAAUAGGUUGAAAAGAGUUUCAGUUUAUUUUAAGAUUUGAAUAAACAGUGUUUAUUGUACUUUAUGACAAGCACAGUACUAAAUCUGUUAAAAAAAUAUUUGGUGAUUUGGAAUUUGCCUAACAUGUAAAUAGCUUAUGCUUAUUGUUUUAUUAUUAAUAUGAAAUGAGGUUAAGAUUAGCCAUAGUGCCAAUAUAUGCAUGGUUUGUAAUGUUGGUUUGUUAAUACAUUGUUAUAUUUUACAUGAUCUAACUAAUGGUAUAUGACUAGAAGGAAACUAUUCUUUUUAUAUAUUUCAUUUUUUUUUUCAUUAUUUUGGAGUUGAUUAUGAAUUAUUUCAUUAUUGUUAAGAAGUCGGUUCACAAAAAUGCAAGAUCGGUCAUAAGUCAUGGAUAUUUCAGUAUUCUUAGGAUCAAUCCUAGUCUAAGUUUUUUUGUGAAAUCGACUCCAGAGGCCUAAAAUCCAAACUUACAACAAAAAAUGAUGGCAUGCUAUUACUUUUAAAUCAUUAUUUUAGUUCAUAAGAUCAAUAAUUCUUCUAUAAACAAAAGUAAAAUAGGAGAAACAUAGUAUUCAUCCUUUUGAUAUUGAGUAUUACAUGUAUAAUAUUGAUUGCAAUGAAAUAUUGUGUGAUUUUCAAGUCAAAUGAAAAUCUAACAAUUGAACAA